CGCUUUGCGACAAACAAGCACCACAAGUCGACGAUGAGCUGGUCAUAACAACACGAGACAUCAUGAAGAGAUACACAAAGGCCUGCUCUGGCCAUAUUCGAACUUCUGGAUUGACGAUCAAUUGCCAAAAACGAUGGGUUUCUUACGACAAAUCCGAAUUGAGCAAAAUGGCCCUCUUGAACCAAAUCGAAUCGGAACUUGAUCGACUAGCGAGCGGCAAACGAGCGAGAAUCCAUCCCGAAGACAAGACUGUAGAUACAGAUGCCGGAAGGUUACCAAUAUCUCCCGUGAUGGACUAUAAGUUCAUGCAGGCGAGACGACGUACGAAGAAAGCGAUGCCCACGGCCAUAUCAGGACAAUUUCGGAAGAAGCUGUCAAAUAACCCAUACGCGGAAGCAUUGAUAGGUCCGACAAGGUGGUGCAAGAAUACGAACGCUUGCCUCCCCAGAUACUUCUUGCAGGACUUCGAAUUGGUCGAGCACCCAGAUCCCGAGCAGACGGGCCACUGGUGGGCACCAGGCCCAUUUUCUUUCUUAAGAGUCAAGCCGACAAGAGAAGAGCGAGAGGUGGAGAUGGAGUCUAAUGACUUGAAAUCAAUAUGGAGAGGGAUUGAACGGGCGCGGAGGCAGAUCGGACUUGUACAAAACGAAAUCGCGAAAAUGGCUACAGAAGCCAGUUCAUCGAGAGCCGACAUAUCAGCGGAAGCCAAAACAACGCCAGCCCAAGCAACACCAGGAGACGCAGGUGCCGAAGCUGAGAUAAGCACAGAAGUAGGCGUUGAGGAUGUGGAAACAAACGAAGGACUGAUAGAACGACGAGCGCGCAUCGUCGCCUACACUCUCGCGCGCAAAAGUCUGAUCGAUAUGAUCGGAGGAAUCGAAGGAAACAAGAGUAGCAAGAGUUAUCAAGCAAGGAUGGGUGGCCACCAAGGCAUGGCAAACCUUCCACAUGGUACCGGCUCAAAGGUUUUCCGAGAAGACAUGGGCGAUGUACUUCUUGGGAUGUUGCGACGUGUGGCUGUUGAUACGCUCAUCACACGUUCUUGCAGGGAAGGUUUAUGGGCGCCACACAAAUUCAUAAGGCCAGUUGCCAGCUGGGAAGAGGCGAAGAGAAUUCCAGGAGGUGGAGCAAUCCUUUAUAUCCCGAAAGAGGAUAUGGAAGACAUGAACAGUUAUGCGACUCUCGAUAUAGAAGAUGCUUCUUAUGCCAGUAAGAUGGCAGUUCAUGAUCUGCGAUACUUACUAGGAGAAGGAGAGGUUGAGAGGUUGAGAGAGAAGUCAGAGGUAUUCCGAGACCAUGAGAUUUUGGUGUUGAAGAACUUUAGAAGUGGAAGCAUGAGAGCUUUGCAUUUGCUUCUCUGGAGACUACAGGGAUACUUGGCGUUGCCUCAAGUUGGGCCCAUUGAGGCAAGACAAUACUAAGGAUUGUAAAAUAGAAAUGAGAUACCAUAAAUAUGAACAAUCAGAUGAAGCGCA